CAGUGCAAGGAAAAGUACUCGGAGUUCCGGACUCGGUUGGUAGAAUGGCCCCACUGCAUCUGCUGCUCCACUGCGCCACCACCCUGCUGAUUGCCAACGCCCUGGUGCUCAGUCCCCAGUUGCUGGCCGCUGAAAAUGAGGCGAAGUCCAAAGUCGGCUUCCCCAUCGACCUGGACGACGGCGUAGACGGCGUGGACCUGCCCCUGGAGGUGGAGCAGGACAUGGCCGGGGAGCAGGCCGCCGCCAGGCCCCAGCACUCGAUGCCCCCCGACUGGCUGACCUUCGACGACCCCACGCCGCCCACCAAGCACCGCUCUGGCCACAAGCCGCAGCUCAUCCUCAAGCAUCCGACCGGCGGAUUCCACAAGCUCUCCGCCCACGGACACCGCUCCUGCCACGUGGAGGUGGUCAGCAAGGUCCAGGGGGUCUGCCAGCCGAUGCCCAUUGGCAGCGCCUGUGUCUCCGACGACUACAUGGACCUCUACACCGACGCUAACUGCUCCACUCAAUAAGGGGGCUCACUUCCGACUUGAUUGAUUGAUUGAUUGAUUGAUGGAUUGUCCGUGUGUGUGUGAGCUCAGAUUUUGUGCGAGGGGGAGGAGUACGACUACCUGGUGCGAUGUCAGCAAAGCUUGUAUAAAUAAAUCCAUUUAAUAAAAUUUUA